AUGUCGAGGUUCGUACACAAGGUCAAGGAUGCAAUGGCUGGUCAUGAAAAGGAGGCACCUGGAGCCCGCGGCAACCGACCUCCUCAAGAAGAUACCCGGACCGCAGGAUCGAAUCCGGAUCAGUACAAUUCUUCUAGUAUGAACCCAUCUUCUGGCAUGGGCUCUAAAGAUUCUUACGGCUCUGGCCCUCGCUCUCGGGAUGAGCCUGGUACCUCUCGGGACUCCAAGUUCACUGACACCCACGGUGCAUCUGACCCAGCCAGUACUGGGAUGGGAAAUAGGGGCGGCCGUUCUGACCCCGACACCUAUGGAUCAACAGAAAUGGGCGGAGAUAGUUCAACAGGGGCUAGCGCUGGCUCAAGCGGCAUGAAUUCCGGUCCUCAUGACUCGAAAUUGGCGAAUAAGAUGGAUCCUCGUGUCGAUAGUGACAUGGACAACCGCGCUCAAUCCUCUGGAGCUACCAACCCUCAAAUGUCCAGCAAUGCCCCUGGCAAUAUAGCCCACGCACAGCCUCGCACUCAAGGUGUCGACAAUCAUGUAUCCAGCGAAGAUGAUUAUAACAAAUCGACACAGGAGAAAAACUCGCAGUCCCGCCCCUCCGACAAAAACUCUCAGGGUCACUGGGCUAGCGAGGAAAGCCACGAAACCUCUACGCAAGAGCACAAAUCCCACUCUGCUACCAGCCACGCCAUGCCGUGCCAGACGAAUUUGCAAGACGAGCCAGGCUUUGAUAACCGUGCUGCUGAGCCUAAGUUUGGCGGUAACGCAGCUGGUGGUAGUAGCAGCACCGCAGGGGUCAGGGAGACAACUGGUAGUCAAAACCCUGACCCCCUGAACAAACUUGAUCCUAGAGACACCCGAUCGAAGGAGAACCCUAGUUAUGCUGAUCAGCGGAGUGGAUACUAG